AUGACUAAGUUAGAGACUGAUUUAGAUUCUAAGCCCUCCUCAACUCCAGUAGCAAUUAAAAGACCAAAUAGGCCAUCAGUAGCAUCAAAUAAUUCCUCAUCAUCUCAAAGUGGACCUGCGAAACGAAAAUGUGUAGAACCCUUAGAAGCCGGACCCUCAGGAUCAGCUAAAGAAGAAUUUGUUACGAUACCGGACGAAGAUGAAAACAAUGCCGUGGCACCGAAAAUGGAACCAAAAUUUGUUAACGAAAGCUUGUGGAAUGACGAUGAUGAAGGCGCACAUAAUAAUGAAACAAACUUUGGCGAAGACGACUCUCAUAUGGAAAUGACAGGAUUUGAUGGCUCGGCUACUGGAGAUGGCAAUAUAUCUGGCGACGGGGAAGGUGGCGCUGUUGGGGAUGCACAAGCGCCGGUUUUCGGCAGAAGUGUUCGCGGUAGGCCGGUUAUUUACGUAGGUAAACACAUAUUCUGGAUGGGCGGCCAGUGUAGGGACGGCAAGUGCAGGUGGAAAUGUAACCGGAAAUGGUGUCACGCUAAACUGUUCACCAAAAAUGGCAUCAUCGUAGAUAAAAAACAAGAACAUAACCAUUGA